GGGUUCAGAGAGAGAGAGAGAGAGAAGGAAAGGGAAAGGGAAAAACUCUGUAGGAAACAGGCUGCCUUGUGAGGUAGUGAGCUUCUUGUCACUUUGAGGUCCUCACUGGCAGCCUGCUUUGUUGUACUUAAGAGGCUGGAUGAAAUGACCCCUAAUGCCUUUUCCAACCCUGAGAGUGAAAGCUUCCUGGUGAAGCUGGGUAGGGGGAUGCUGAGUGGUUAGUGAAAACAGGACUAGAUGGGGCAUAUGGAAAAAUGUAUUGCCUGAAAGCAGUCUAAUAACACCCUCCCAGCCCCCUACUCCCCACCACCGAUUUUACAGAGGUGAAACCUGAGGACCAGCAUGUUGAAGCAGGAUGGCCAGGGUUAUGCAGGAAGUGUUCACCUCUAGUGUAGCAUACCAGGCACAUUAGCAUCUUGGAAGUAUUAUCGAUGUAUUGAUAUUGUAUCUCAUGUGUUCAUAUGCCAGACUCAUGGUCAUGUUAGUUAUUGAUUAUUGUGUGUAGGAACUGCAGGCAGCUCCUACAUCUAGGGGUAGGGAAGGGAAUUGCAAAAUGUCAGAAAACAAUGGCCAAAACUGGUUUCUACAAGCAAUUGAAAAAAAAUUAAAAUUAAUUAAAAAAAGAUGACGCUGGGUCAAGAAAGGCAUUGAUUGGAAGCUUUGGAUUUGAAUCCUAGCUCUGCCAUCUACUGUGGAGUGUUGUGCAAGCCCAUUCCUGUUGGCAGGCCUCAGUUUCCCAUUCUGUAAAAUGAGGAUGACAGUAUCCACCCAGCUUACUCUGCAGGUUAAUUUUGAAGCAAUUGGUGAGAUGAUAAAUGUGAAAGUUUUAUCAAGUUCUCUAAUGAGGGAUGUGGGAUGGGAUGGAGGUUCUUGGAGGAAGGAUGUUUGAGAGCCAGUGUAACUAUCACAGAAUUUGGAGUGGGAGGGAACCUUGGAAGACAUAAUGCCAAGAAUGGAAAAGAUCUUACAGGUCACCUAGGGGCACCCCACACACACAUACACCCCACCACACACACUCUAUAGACAGGGAAACUGAGGCAGAGAGGGCUCCCUGAUUUUGCCCAAAGUCAUCUGGCUGGCACUGGGGGCUGGGCCUGCUUGGGAUGUGGGCCUCCCAGAUCUUAGUCCAGCUCUCUUGUUUCUUGUGUGUUGUAGAUUAGGCAGAGCCCUGGCCCCCUGAGCAGAGGCCCUGUUUCCCAGCCCACUUCCCUCCACCAUCUUCCUUCUGGAAUGUCCUGACCUCUGUCAUGGCUGGCAGAGAGGGGAGUGUCCUGGAUCCCUCUGGCUCCCUAGAGUCUCAGAAGCUUUAUUCUUCCCCAUCUCCAUCGUCUAGGAGGGCCUCCGGGCACUGCAGACAGUGUGCCUUCCCCAUGUGUCCAGCCUUUCUUCUCCUGUCCUUCUGCUCUGUGCUUGGCAGUGUGGGCGAAGGAGGAGAUGAGAUGCCAAAGGAAAGGGGGCCCAGGCCGGGAUCUUUGCUCUGCUGCCCAAGUUACCUUGGUGGCUGUGGGAAGGCAUUUGGCCUACUAGGCCUCAGAUUCUUCCUCUGUAAAGUGGAGGGGAUAAAACUGGAUAAACUCGGAGAUCUUCUCUGGAUUUAAAUCCUGAAAGCAUAAGGUGGGGGCAACCAGAUAGGUCAGUGGAUGGGCCUAGUAGGUCUAGUGGGCCUAGAGGACUUAGAGAGUCUAAGAGGGUCUAGCGGGUCUAGUGGGCCUAGUGGGCCUAGAGGGCCUAGAGGGCCUAGUGGGCCUAGUGGGCCUAGAGGGUCUAGAGGGCCUAGAGGGCCUAGCGGGCCUAGUGGGCCUAGAGGGUCUAGAGGACCCAUAGGGUCUAGCAGGUCUAGUGGGCCUAGUGGGUCUAGCGGGCCUAGCGGGCCUAGAGACCAGAGGAUCCGAGGCUUCAGACACUUCCUCCAGUGUGACUUUAGAGGAAGACACGAAGGCCUUAAAAAGUGUGGCAACUGCCUAGCUGUGUGACCCUGGAUAGAAACAGCCCUGAGACAAAUGGAUAUCGUCCUAGUAUUCUAUUACAUUUCAUGUUCGACGGAGCAUCACACAGUAUAGGAAUCCCUGAUGGGGGUCAGCUAACCUCUGCCUGAAUAUGUCCAGAGAUGGGGAGCUCACUACUUAACAGAGCACAGUGUUUUAUUGCUGGGCAGAUUCUUUAUCUUCAUGAGUGACCGAAGAGGCAGAGUUACAGUGGGAAGAACGCCAUCCUGUCUAUGCUGCGAGGUACCACAUUGGGAAUGGACAGAGAGGUAGAAACAACCUAGUUCCAGCUCUCAAGAAGCCCACCAGCAAAGGAGGGUCUGUUGCUGCAGCCUGGGCAAGGAGCAGCUAUGGACAAGAUCCUGGAAGCCGUGAUGCUGUCAUCCUACCCCACCAACGUGAAGCAAGGGCUGGCACGGCGGGUGAUCGAGGCAGCAAAGCAGCCCAUGGACAGUGCGCAGUGUUGGGCCAUGCUGGAGCUGUCCACCAAACUCUACCUAGUGGGUGACACCAAGUUCAAGCGGGAGAUUGGGCAGGAGGUCCUGGAAGUCUAUGGCCACUACCACCUCGAGGCCUUUGUGGAGUUCUUUAAUGCUCAUUUCCUCCUGACUCUGCUGCAGGAGGGCUAUGGGACCCCAGGCCACCCCAGCCCCUAUGUGCUAGAUUACGUCCAGCUGGGCCUCCAGUUCAUCCCCGAGGGCCCAGCCGCUGAGGGGGUCUUUGCCUUACUCCGCCUGGAAGUCCUGAGAAAGGUGUGCGAACGGCCCGGCCCCAGGCAGUGUGCCAAGGUGGCUCGCCUGCUGAGCCAGUACCCACGCUGCAUUCCAGAUGGCAGACACCGGCUGCUCUUCUGCCAGCAGCUGGUUCGCUGCAUCGGGCAAUUCCAGUGCCUGGCAGAGGGGGAGGAGGGCAUUGUGGAGUUCUUGAGCCACGUGAACCGAGUGAGUGGGCUCUUACCUAAAAUCUGGAGGGCCCAAGCUUCCUCCAUCCUGCCAUCUCUGAAGGAGCUGUUUGCCAUCAUCUCCUCCACAGAGGAGCAGGAGCCUCCCUCCAAUGCCCUGGCCAGCGUCGUCCAGUACGUGCCCCUGGAGCUCAUGGACGGGGUGAUCAGGAACCUCACCAAUGACGAUAGCAUCACAGAUGCCCAGAUGAUGACAGCUAUCAGCAGGAUGAUCGACUGGGUGUGUUGGCCCCUGGGGAAAAACAUAGACAAGUGGAUCAUCACGUUGCUAAAGGGCCUAGCAGCUGUUAAGAAGUUCAGCAUUUUGAUUGAAGUCUCUCUCUCCAAAAUAGAGAAGGUUUUCUCCAAACUACUCUACCCUAUUGUGAGGGAGGCUGCGCUAUCUGUCCUCAAGUAUAUGCUUCUGAGUUUCCAGCACUCCCAUGAAGCCUUCCACCUGCUUCUCCCUCACAUUCCCAAAAUGGUGGCCUCCCUGGCAGAAGAGGACUCCAACUCCCGAGCCAAUUGCCUGGAAGAGCUGGCAGAGUUAAUCCACUGCAUGGUGUUCCGCUUCUCGGGCUUCCCAGACCUCUAUGAGCCGGUCAUGGAGGCCAUCAAGGACCUCCAUGUUCCCAAUGAAGACCGCAUCAAGCAGCUGCUGGGACAGAACGCCUGGACCUCUCAGAAGAAUGAGCUGGUCUGUUUCUACCCCCGGCUGGCUGCUAAGUCGGACACAGGCAAGAUCGGCCUCAUCAACCUGGGGAACACCUGUUACAUGAACAGCGUGAUCCAGGCGCUGUUUAUGGCCUCUGACUUUCGACACUGCGUCCUGCAUCUGCCCGAGGACAAUUCCCAGCCCCUGAUGACCAAGUUGCAGUGGCUUUUUGCCUUCCUCGAACACAGCCAGCGGCCCGCUGUCUCCCCGGAGAGCUUCCUGUCUGCUUCUUGGACGCCCUGGUUCAGUCCUGGUGCCCAGCAGGACUGCUCUGAAUACCUGAAGUAUUUGUUGGAUCGAUUGCAUGAAGAGGAGAAAACAGGGAAGAGGAUUUGCCAGAAGCUCAAACAGUCCAGCACACCAUCUCCAUCAGAUGAGCAUCCAAACCUAAGCCCAACAGCUGUAGAGAAAAUGUUUGGUGGGAAGAUUGUGACCCGAAUCCGUUGUCUCCGUUGUCUCAAUGUUUCCACCAGGGAGGAAGCAUUCACGGACCUCUCACUGGCCUUUCCACCCCCUGACCGCCGCCGCCGUCGCCUGGGUUCUGUUAUGCUGCCAGUGGAAGAUAUCAGGGUACAAGGCACCCCAUCACCAGCCAAGACCCAGGCCAUGGGGAGUGAGGGGUCCCGGAGACAGAGAAAGCACUGUAUUGCUGGGGAUGCUCUUCCCCCACUGGUAAAUAUUGAGAUCCUUGGAUUCCAGGAGCCAGGGGUGCUCAGAGGCAACUGCAGACUAGAGGAUGAUAAGGAAGAGGAGGAAAAAGAUGGGAAAAAGGAAAAAGAUGAAGAGAAGGAGGAGAGAAUGGGAGAGAAGGUUCAGAAGAUGGAAAAGAAAGAGAAAGAAGAGAAGGACAAGGAGCAGGAAGAGGAAGAGAAGAUAGAGGGAGAAAAGAGGGAGGAAAAGGAAAAUGAAGAGAGAGAUCAAAAGAAGAUGAAAGAAGAAGUGGAGGAACAAAAAGAAGAGAAAAAAGAGAAAAAGAAGGAAGAAAAAGAUAUAGGAGAAAAGAGGGGAAAAGAGGAGGAGGUAGAGAAACAGAAGAAAGAAGAGAAGGUUGAGAAAAAGGUGAAAGAGAAAGUGGAGAAAAAGGAGGAAGAGGAAAAGGUGGAGAAAAAGGAGGGGGAACAGGGGAUAGAGAAAAACAAGGAAGCAGAACAAAAGAAGGGAGAAGAGAAGGAAAUAGAGGGAAAAAAGGAAUUAAUGCUAAAGAAGGAAGAAGAAAAGUUGGAGAAAAAGAAGGAAGAAAAGGUAGAGAAAAAGAAGGAAGAACCAAAGGAGGUAGAGAAAGAGGAGGAGAAAGAGAAAGAGAUGGAGAAAAAUGAAAUUAAGAAAAAGAAGAAAGAAGAGAAGGAAUUGGAGAAAAAGAAGGAAAUGGAGCAAAAGAAGGAGGAAGAGAAGAUAAAGAAAAAGGAAAAAGAGAAAAUGAUAGAGAAAAAGAAAGUGGCACAAAAGAAGGAUGAAAAGGUAGAGAAAAAGGAGGGAGAGAAGGAGAUAGAGAAAAAGAAGGGGGUCAUGAAAAUGAAGGAAGAGAAGGAGGUAGAGACAAAGAAAGUGGCACCAAAGAAGUAUGAAAAAUUGGAGAAAAAGGAAGUAGAGAAUAAAAAGGAAGUGGAGAGAAAGAAGGCAGAAAAGAAGGAAGUGAAAAAGGAGGAGGAAGAAAAAGAGAUGAAGAAAAAGGAGGUAAAGAAGGAAGAGAAGGAAGUGAAACAAAAGGAGGAAGACAAGGUGGAAAAAAAGAAAGAAGAAAAGGAGAUGGAGAAAAAAGAGGUGAAGAAGGAAGGAAAGGAAAUGGAAAAACAGAAGGAAGUGAAACAAAAGGAGGAAGAGAAGGUUGAGAGAAAGAAGGAAGUAGAGAAAAAGGAGGAAGAGAAAGAGAUGGAGAAAAAGGAAAUGAAGAAGGAAGAAGAGGAAAAAAAGAAAGAAGUAGAAAAAAAGGAGGAAGAGAAGGUGGAGAGAAAGGAAGAAAAGAAGGAGAUGGAGAAAAAGGAGAUGAAGGAAGAGAAAGAAGAGAAAGAAGUGAAACAAGAGGGGGAAGAGAAGCUGGAGAAGAAGAAAGAAAAGGAAAUGGAGAAAAAGGAGAAAGAGAAGGAAGUAAAGGAAAAGACGGAGAAAAAGGAGGGGGGAAGGGUGGAUGAAAAGAAAGAAGAGAAAAAAGAGGAAGAGGAGAAAGAAAGAGAGAAGAAAAAGAAGACAGAGGAAGGUUGCUUAGGCCCAAGGACUGGUGGGAACCAGGGGGUUGCCUGUGGGGAGCAGAUGUGUGGCCCUGAGGGCUCUCGUUCCGUCCCAGAUCUUCUCAAUUACUUUCUGUCUCCAGAGACGUUGACAGCAGAGAAUCGCUAUCACUGUGAGCACUGUGCCUCGUUGCAGGAUGCAGAGAAGGUGGUGGAGCUGAGUGAGGGACCCCGCUACCUCAUCCUCACCCUGCUGCGCUUCUCUUUCGACCUAAGGACCAUGCGUCGGAAGAAGAUCCUGGACAACGUCUCCAUUCCCCUGUUCCUUCGGCUUCCCGUGGGGGGUGGCUGCCCCCAGCAGGACCAGGGCCAGGCCUGUGCGGCCUAUGACCUUUGCAGUGUCGUGGUGCACUCGGGCAUCUCUUCAGAAAGUGGUCAUUACUACUGCUAUGCCCGCGAGGGAGCGACAGCCAGAGUCAACCCAGCCGGGUCCCCGGGACUCUCGCCUGCUGAAAAGCUAUCAGGCCCGGAGAGCCAGUGGUAUUUGUUCAAUGACACCCGGGUCUCCUUCUCCUCCUUCGAGUCAGUUAGCAAUGUCACUUCCUUCUUUCCCAAAGACACAGCUUAUGUGCUGUUCUACAGGCAGAGAGCCAGAGAGGGGCUCGCAGCAGAACCCAAGUCACCCAGACCUCACAGUGAACCAACUCUGCACAAAGACUUGAUUGAAGCCAUAUCUAAAGACAACAUUCUUUACCUGCAGGUGAGCAGAGCAGGCUCCCCGGCAAGCCCUGCCAAACUCUUUGGGGGGGCCGUCAAACUGAUUGGGGGGACCUUCUUUCUUUACUCUCCGAGCUCUAGGGUGCUUAUCUGUAAGAUGGGAAUAAUAUUAUUUAUUCUGCUUCCCUCCCAGGGUGGUGAUAAGCCCUGUGUAAACCAGUUGGGAGUAGCUUAUAACUAUUAUUGUCCUAAUCAUAUUUAUGUCCUUCAGGACAUUCCUACUGCCUUGCUAUCCUGACCUUAUAUUGCUUGUAUUUGAAGUGAAGCUUGCACAGAAAACACUUGUGCCUCGAUUUAUGCAUCAGUUGUGUACCCCUAAAUGGUGUAUUUGAAUCCAUUAAAAAAAAUUCCAGGGGGCAACUGGGUGGCUCAAUGGAUAGAGAGCCAGGCCUAGAGAUGGGAGGUCCUGGGUUCAAAUUUGACCUCAGUUACUUUCAAGCUGUGUGACCCUAGACAUGUUCCUUAACCCCUUGUCUACCCCUUAUAUUCUUCUGCCUUAGAACUGGUACUUAGUAUCAAUUCUAAGAGAGAUGGUAAGAAUUUUUAAAAAAAGAAAUACUUUAGUUGGAUCUCUUAUUUUAUAGGUGAGGAAACAGAGGUUUAGGGAGGUUGAAUGACUUUCCCAACAUCACAUCAAUAAAGAAUAAUAGGUGGGGGGGCAGCUGGGUGGCUCAGUGGCUUUGAGAGCCAGACCUAGAGAUGGGAGGUCCUAGGUUCAAAUCUGGCCUCAGACACUUCCCAGCUGUGUGACCCUGGGCAAGUCACUUAACCCCUGUUGCCUAGCCCUUACCACUCUUCUGCCUUGGAACCAAUACACAGCAUUGGUUCUAAGAUAGAAGGUAAAGGUUUAAAAACCUAAUCCCAAAAUUGAAUGCCUUUAGGGGAAGGAGCUAGUUAGAGUCACACCAUGUUCAAGGCAGAAGAGAUUUUAGAGCGCUGGGUUAGAACAGAGAACAUAAAAUGUUAACCCUGGUAGGAUUGUAGCGUUCAGCCUUAGCACAUUUGGACAUAAGAUGUCAGAACUGGAAGGGGCCAUAGAACCCCAUAUUAGACGAGACCAUAGAGCAGUUAGAAAGCAGAAACAAGACCCCAGAGAUCACUGAAUUCAUUUCCCUUCUUGUUUCCACGAUGGAAAGGAGGCGUGGAGGGAGGUGUCAUAGAAGCAGGUCAUGGCACUGCUCCCACUCAAACCAGGAGGCUUCUGGGCUUCGGAGCCCUCUGGAUUUCAGCAUCCUCGCUCUUUGGUGGUCUUCCGUCACAAGACCUUUUUGGUGUCCUAUUAAACGAACCAACUCAGAGAACAUUUCUCCCAGCACAGCGCCUUGCCACGGGGCACAGAUACAGAGAGGCGACUGGACUCGGCUCUCUCUACCACUCCCUUUGCAGGGAGACCAAGAACUGGUCAGGGAGCAUCCCUCUGUGUUCAGGCGGGUCCACACCUGUCUAGUAAGACAACGUUUUCUAUGAAAUGGGCCUCGAAGGAAACGAGGCUAUUCGACAGAUGGAGUUUAGUCUGGGAAAAAUUCACCGCUCUAGGUAAGGGAAAGGGUCGGAGACAGUAUGAGCAAAAGCCAAGAGAGAGGCAGGAAAAAGCCUCACGUGAACAGGGCAUGGAGGGUUCACAUGGUGUUCAAAGGGAGCUUGGAGCUAGAUUGGGAAGACCCUGAAGGCCAGAGUCUGUGACUUUUUCCUUUAGACAGUGGAGAACCAUUGCAACGACGAUAGGUUUAGAAUCCAGGAAUUCAAAUAAGUGAGAUCUGGGGCCCCAAGUCCAGAUCGGAGGAACUUUGGAGCUGGUGGGUUCUUAAUCUGGGGUCCAUGAGCUUGCUUUUUUUAAAUUGAUGACUAUGUUUUAAAAUAAUUGAUUUCUUUUAUAACUCCAUCUAAUUUAUUUUCUGCCUUUAAAAACAUUUUGAGAUGCGGUUCAGAGGCUUCACCAAAUUACCGUGGGGAGUGGGGUCUAUGACCCAAAAGAGGUCCCUUUUCUAGUCCAAUUCCCUUAUUUUACUGUGGAAGAAACUGAGGCCUGUGAAGCUAAGGCUUGAUCAGGGUCAGGCAGGUAGUCAGAUUAAGCAGGAUUUGAUCCCCGAUCUUUUGACCCCAAAUCCAUGGCUCUUUCCAUCACACCUUUGGACUGACUGGAACCAGACACACCUCCUCAGGAAACAUCUUUAGGAAGAACUUUCUGGACCAAACAAGAGGUCACAUUAUAUGACCUCACAGCAAAAAUAGACAACACAGGGCUUGUGUCCAAGAAAUGUUCAAUCUGAUACUGCUGGGGGCAGCUAAGUACCUGAGUGGAGAGAGAGCAUCAAGAGGUACUGGGUUCAAAUUUGAGCUCAGAUACUUCCUAGCUGUGUGACCCUGGGCAAGUCACAUAACUGCAAUUGCUUAGUCCUUAUCACUCUUCUGUCUUAGAACUGAUAUUAAGAUGGAAGAAAAAAGUUUUGUUGUUGUUUUUUUUUUAAUCUGAUACAGCUGGACUCAGGGUUAGGGUAAGGGGAUGGGAGAAACCAAAAGAAAAGGAGGAGAGUGAAGACAUGGGGAGAGGGAAGGCAUCAAAGAGGGCUUCAUGGAAGAGGUGGCCCUUGGAAGAUGGAGGAUAGGGCUGGGAUCUUGUGGCUAAGGAUGUUACCAGAAGUGCCUACUCUCCUUGGCCCCCAGGCUGCUCUAUGGUGUCCCCAAUCCUGCGGGCAGGAAGGACAGAAGUCAGGACUGACAGAAAAGCUGGGCUGGAUCAACCUGGAAUUAGAAUGAAUUCUAUUAUUUUGAUUUUGAGUUUUGUUUUUUUUUCUGCAACAACUUAAGAGCUGUUCUGGGGGGUAUCAGGGCAUUCGUAUUUUAGAGACCAUCUCAAAAGAUGAAACAUUAGCUAACUGGGUGACUCCGGGAAUUGAGAGCCCAACCUGGAGAUGGGAGGUCCUGGGUUCAAUCUGGCCUCAGACACUUCCCAGCUGUAUGACCCUGGGCAAGUCACUUAACCCCAGUUGCUUUGCUCUUACAAUUCUU